CUCAUGAUGGAAGAUGACAUGGCGCCCUCUCGUGGACAAAGAGAUUCCACAUACACAAUAGAAGAAACUGAUUCCAAUAGGCAUACAUACGUACCGUCUUAGCGAUGUUCUGAGCGGCCCGGAUCUUCCGGAGCUUCAAGUAGCCAGGAUUUUUGGAGAUAGCCAAACCCAACUGAGUGACACACAGGGAGAGACAGGUUGUUGUUGUGACCGUCUAUCCCAGCAACCUGGGUCUCACCAUCUUUGCUGCCUCUGCUUCGCCCUCAGCCUGGACAAUCUUCUGUCGCUGGUCCUGUUUGGCCUUCUCCACGUAGAACUGCGCUCGCUGUGCCUCCUGCUGGGCUGCACAGGCCGCAUAUCCGCAUCACUAUUUGAGUCGGACCACGUGGAAAACAGACGUCUGCAAAGUGCUUUCUCACCAACUUGCUUGGCCUCGACGGCAGCGGUGUAUUCACGGCUGAAGCUGAGCUCCGUGAUGGCCACGUCGUCCAGGAUGAUGUUGAAGUCUUUGGCCCGCUCCACCAGCUCUCUACGAAUCAGUAGUGACACCUACAGGACAAACUCUUUGAGCUCUUCAGACGAAGCUGUGGGGCGACGCGUGAGGCCAAUACCUGUGCCCUCUGUGUGAUCAGCUGGGAGGCGUUGAACUUGGCCACGACACUCUUCAGCACCUCGUUGACAAUGGAUGGCAGCACGCGCUCGUCGUAGUCUUUCCCCAGACGCUGGUAGAGGAGCGGCAAGGUCGACGCCUGCGGCCGUGACAGGACUCGCAGAGAGAUGUUCACCAUCUGGAGGUCUGAGGGCAUCGACUCUGAUCAUCACUUUCAUCAUCCUCCUCCUUCGCCAGUGCCAUCAAGUAUGAAGUAAAUACUCAAGACACAACUUGACUCCAGGUUCUGACCUUUGCUGCCAGUGAGAGAGGAGAUCUUUCUGGGCGUGGCCCGGAUGUCAUAGAUGAUUGGAUACUGGAACCAAGGAACUCUGAAGAAACAGACACAAGAAGCUUCACCAUGAGGGAGUCCAUAUUCUCAGAGUCACAGCGACUGGUUGGAUGAAGAGGAGGAACCUGAAGUGCAGCCCCUCAGCCAGCACCGUGUCCGCCUGCAUCCCCCCGAUCCUGUUGAAGAUGACAGCACGCUGCCCUCCUUCCACUGCACACAGGAGGAGCUGAUGAGAACCAUGAGAUCUGAAAACUAGCCUUGAACUGGUUGUUCGUGGGACGUCCAGUCAGAACCUCGGCUCACCUGUGUAGGUGGCCUCCUUCACGCCGUACGCCAGCGCCGCCGCUCCGAUCAGCAGUUUGACCCCGGCACCGGCACCACGAGGCCCGGAUGACAUCCUGCCUGCGAUCUGGCGCAGCUGCUGCAAAAGACCCUGCGGACACACUCGAGCUAAUUAGAGGGCUCUCGACAGGGUUAACUUCACUGCGACUGCAGAUGUCACCACACACCCCUGACGCCACCCGCUGACAGUGACGUCGAGACCGAGAGUGAGACUGUCAUCACGAAGGUUCCAUGAGGAAAAGAAAGACUCACCGUGGGCUCAUUGCCUGCCAUGUUGCCUGGACGAGGAGCACACGUAAUCACACGCUUCCGCUCACCCGGUGCAACAUGGGAAAUGUAGUGCCGACGGCAGGCAACGUUUCAAGCGAGGAGGCACGUUCUGGAAGGUGAAGACUGUGGAAGCACAGAAUGUCACGGACAGAGUUGAUGAGUCAGAGGAGGACCUGUGGAGGACGCGCCAGGAUCACGUGACCCGGCCACUGCAGCUGUCAGUGUACUCCAGAUGUGGUUCUGGUCCGCGCGGGUUUCCGUACCUGCGCUCAGGUGUCUGCUCGCCCUGGCGUUGCGUUCAAGGCCCGCUGAUUGGCUCGGAUCUUUCAGAGGAACCCGCUCCUUUUAUAGUUAACGGAGCACAGAGCGGAGUGUUCCGGGUUCAGGAAGCCCAUCAUCAUGUAGAGGAGGCGGACCGACGGAGUCACCUGGACCACCGCGGACGACCCGGAGACCCUGACCGAGAGCGACCGGACAUCCUCGCGGAAGACAUGUCUCGUCCCGCAGCGGCUCCCGCCCGAGACACAGCUUGGUCGAACCGACAUCUCAGGAUGGGAAAUCUCAUCAAAGUUCUGACCCGAGACAUUGAUGGCUGCUCAGGGAACUUCUUCCUGGACUUUGAGAACGCCCAGCCCACGGCAGCAGAGUCUGAAGUGUGGGAGAAGGUGAACCGGGUGCUAGAGGAGUCUCAGGUCAUUCUGGAAGAUCUUCAGAACUACAGAGGAGCAGGGGAGGAGAUCCGUCAGGCCAUCCAGAGACCUGGUGCGGUGGGGGUCCAGGAGCGGGCUUGGUCAGCUGUUGUUCCUCUUGUCAACAAACUGAAAACCUUCUAUGAAUUUACCCACAAGCUUGAGUCCAGUCUGUGGUGUCUGCUGGACGUGCUGACCAGCUCAGAGGCCACGCCCACUCAGCACCUGGAGCAGAAGCAAGCACUGGCUCGACAGUUUGCUCAGAUCCUGCACUUCACCCUGAGGUUCGACGAGCUUAAGAUGACCAACCCUGCCAUUCAGAACGACUUCAGUUACUACCGUCGCACCAUCAGUCGGAUGCGGAUCAACAACCCGAGUGUUGACAGCGCCGGCGAGGUCAACAACGAGCUGGCCAACCGCAUGUCUCUUUUCUACGCCGGAGCCACGCCGAUGCUGAAGACACUCAGCGAUGCCACCAUCAAGUUUGUGUCUGAUAAUCCGGACGUUCCAUUAGAGAACACAACAGACUGUCUUAGCACGAUGGCUAGUGUUUGUAAAGUCAUGCUGGAGUCUCCUGAGUACAGCAAUCGCUUCAACAGUGAGGAAACCGUGUCGUUGUGUCUCCGAGUGAUGGUUGGAGUCAUUAUUCUGUACGACCAUGUUCAUCCUGCCGGAGCCUUCGUCAAGACUUCCAAUAUAGAUAUGAAAGGGUGUAUCCGAGUGUUAAGAGAACAGCCGGUCAGCAGCGUAGAGGGACUUGUGAACGCUCUCAGAUACACCACCAAGCACCUGAACGACGAGGCCACGCCCAAACACAUCCGGAACAUGCUGCACUGACAUGCACUCUAGUAGUAAAUAAUAAAGCUUGUUUUUGUGUCAUCGUGUCACAUGACUCUCCUGAGGGGCAACCACGUCAUGAUGCAUCCAUACAUGUUGAUGGUCAGACAAAAGUGGUCCAACCAGCAGAGGACCACCAGCUGGACCAGGGUGACUGUAAAACAUGUUUGUUUGUUUUUUUUGUAAGUGUAUAUGUAUUUCUAUUGCAAAUUUGAUUGAGGGACUUUUGACUACAUGCUAUUGGAAAUAAAGGAAAAAAAGGUCUAUAUAAGCGACAUG